CAUCGUUAUGGAGCCGAGGAACCUUGCCUCCAUCUCCGUGGAGGUGCUUCUGAUCAAGCACAUGUCAUACUCCACUGCUGCAUCGAAGGGAAGUUUGAUCUUGCCGUCACCGCCUGUGAAGCCAAACUCUUCUUGGGACAAGCUGAGGAGCUCGCCAAAGACUGCCGUGACUAGAAACGCAUGAUGUCAGCCGUGUACACGACACAUUGGCCUUUGCCAUCCAUUGCUGAGGCGUGUGCACGAUCAUUCAGUUUCUUUCUCCAGCGCCGCCGCUGACCAGGUGAGCCUCUUCCUCCCGAGGACCACUAUCCUCUGCCACUUCUCGGCCAGCUGAGCAAGUCUCCUUGCACUCACCAUGGUAGCUACUUGUCUUUCUGGAAACUGAAGAGAUUCUGCUGUCAGCUUGAGCUUGGAAUGCUUUGUCCUGUGGAUGGAGCGAUGGUGUUUGGAGACACUUAGCAUGGAUUUAUAUCUCAGGGCUGCAACGGGGAAGAGACAAGGCCAUGAGCAGCCACGAUUGUGCUGGGGCAAGUGUUUGGCGCGUGCUGGAGCUUGGGUUGGACAUUGCCUAUGCUACCAUACUAACCUGUCUAGCAUGAAGACCCAUGUUAAUUGUGAAUCUGCAAUGCCCACUGCAAAAUACAGCUACUUGCAAGUUGCCUGAGUUAGCACAAUGGCUGAGCACUCACUGAUGACCCAAAAUUUGGUCCCAUAGAAAUAUCAUAAAAAUCGUUCAUCACAUUGUCUGUAGCUACUUCCACCAACAUUGCACACAGAGCACUCAUGGCAUUGCCUCCUACCCACCUCUCUUGCUGAUAGCUACACACGACCCACACGCAUAUGCACUGUCCUGAGCCCUCUCUUCUUUCGACUAUAAAACCGUGGCCUGCUCAACACAAACUUCAUCUCAUCUGCAAGCAAGAUCACCACACCUUCAGACUUUCAGAACCAAAGUGAAAUUUAGCUAGCCAGGAGCACACCAGACUCAAACAUGAUCCAUCCAAAGAAGUUUGCUCAGCUGGCCAAAAAGUGGCAGAGGAAGGUCGCAGCCAGGGCCGGUGGCCAGCAAGCUGAUGAGUGCUGCAGCCCAGUCGCUGACAAGGGCCAUUGCGUGGUGUACACCGCCGACGGGGCGCGGUUUGAGGUCCCGCUGGCGUACCUCGGCACGACAGUCUUCACCGAACUCCUGAGGAUCGCUGGGGAGGAGUUUGGCUUCACGAGCAGCCAGGGAGGCAGGAUCACGCUGCCUUGCAAUGCCGCGGUUAUGGACUAUGUCUUGUGCCUGGUUAGGAGAGAUGCCUCCGAGGAGGUCGAGAGAGCGUUCUUGAGCUCCAUUGUUGGCCAUUGCCAUGGCCAAGAUGCAUCGGUGGGACCUACCCAUCAAUUUGCUCUUUGCACGUAGCUUAGCUUUUUUUUUUUUUGGUCAGACCUCAAGAAAUUGUACAGUCCGAUAUAAGAUUGUAGUAUCAUAGGAAAUGGAACAUGGCGAAUAUAUCUUUUUCUCUCAGAGAAAUCUAAUACUUUGCCACUCUAAAUCCAAGCACAUUAUUUGCUGUUGUUUGAACAGAGUACUGGGGAAAUAGAAACAAACCAUAGCUUAGCUACUGAAAAUCUG